AAAAGAUGUGACGUUUGCGUUGUCAAAUACGAGCGCAAAUGCCUACUUUGGAUAUCGAUUGUAGAAAAAAUUAUUAUAAUAACCUCGAUAAUAACUAACUACCCCUUUUUCAGCGUUUGGGCGCCAAAUAUUUGUAACGGGAGGAAUUACAAAACCUACAAAUAAGGGACAAGGGCUAAUCCGAGGGAUCCUGAUCUAAAGUGACUGUUACUCCCCAAGCUAGCAGGUGUGGGUUCAAUUAUAGGGUGGAAAGGAUCAGGGCGCCAUGAGCGUACAAUAUCGAGUAAUUCAGUUAGCGUGGUGAUUGUCUCCGCUCUAAAAACAAAUUGUAUGUAGGACAACUCGGUUACAAACAGGAAAUAAAACAACAGUACACGGGAGGGUUUUAUAUUGGCAACUAAAUUCCCUAGUUUAAAUGAGGAGUGAUACACCAGGAGACAACGGGCUAAACAAGGUUCUAUAAAAAAAUAGUUACUGUACUGCAAAGGCACAAGGGGAUACGAGGAAAGAUCUUUCUUUUAUCUUUGUUACUCAAUAUGUCACCUAACCUAGGGUAUGCUAAUUUAAAGCAAAACUCUUGUUGACGCUUCACAAGUAGGUGAUUUGACUAUACGUUGAAAUGAGUCGCAAUAGUUCAGAUAGGUGACUAUAUAAAUGUUGUAGUUUUGUGUACCUUGAUACAAGCUCUUAAAACAGGAAGACACUCGACGACACGAAACGGGAACAAUAGACGACCCAAACAGGAAACUUCUGACCUUUAUUGACUGAUCGGAUUAGCAGGUGCUACUAAAUCGAGGGGUAUGCUUUAUCUGCAGCCUCCUCUUCCUAUCGAAUGAUGUGAGAGUAUGUUGAUCGGCCGAGAGAUGGUGAAUGGUCGUUGGAUAUUAAGCGUAUCAAAAAGAGAAGCUAAAAGCGGAAAGCCGGUUGGAGGUUAAGAAGCUGCAAGUAGAUUAAUCCGUGGUCUUCGUCGUAUGUGUUACUGUUUUUGGAGAGAGAGAGAGAGAGAGAGAGACUUGCCGAUUGCGUGGCCAUGAUAUCGAGAGCACCGUGUAAGAUAUGGAGCACUAACAAGCCGUAUACCAGUAGCGUAGACUAUCGUAACCUUUAAGGAGGCGUUGGCCACUAGACGUUUAUCAGAGCAUUGCGGAUUGUGGACCGGUGUCUCACGGAGUAGUCGACAAGUUAGGAGUCGUACAUCGUAUGUUAGUUGUUCGUCCAGGUAUCGUUAUCGUUGGGAUAGCACUUGUAAAUUUUGUGACGAAGUAAGACGUUCUCGGGAAACUUGUUAGCGAAGAAUCAUAUUGAUUCUAUGAAUUCUUUGGAAUUGGGAAUGUACCCGUUCGUUAGCAAUUAGUAGAAGACAUUUCGUAUACAAGAUACACCUUUGUGUUAAGUUUCUGUGAUUUCGGCUCAUACAUAUAAAUAGUUUGGGUGAUUUUUUAAAUUUAAUUUUUUUUAUUUAUUGGUUAUUGUUUAUACGGCAAGUUAAGCCGAAGUGGUACUGGUAGAGUUGCGCAACACUACGGUAGGUCUGGUAGGUCCGCGAGGACCCUGCCAAACGACAAGGCCCCAGGACCCGACGGGGUGCCGGCGCGGGUGGUCAAGGCAGCGGCCAUCGCGAUCCCGGAGGCUUGAGCGAGGACCAUCAACGAGGCAAUCGUAACGGGAGAAUACCCUGCCCGGUGGAAGGGGAGCAGGCUGGUUCUUAUACCGAAAGGAGGAGGAGGACACCGGCCGAUAUGUUUAACUGACUUCUCGGGGAAGGUGGAGGAGGUACUGGAGCCGAAACUACACCAGCGGCAAUUCGGUUUCAGAAAGGGACCAUAGUACGCCAGGUGGAGGAGGCGAACCAGGGGACCUGGAGGACGAGAGAGGUGUGCCUCGUGGCGGCGCUGGACGUUAAGAACGCCUUUAAUUCGGCCUCGAGGGACGCCAUCGUGAGGGGUCUGAGGGACUUCGAAGUGCCGGCCAAACUAGUACGGUUGGUGCGGAGCUACCUGACCGGCAGGUGCGUGACCGCGCGGAAGCCGUCGGGGGAGACGCACAGUUUCAUUUGCAGUGCGGGAGUGCCGCAGGGGUCCGUGCUAGGUCCCCUGCUGUGGAACGUGAUGUACGAUGGGGUGCUGAGUGUGGUGAACGGGAGUGGGAUCGAGCUGGUGACCUUCGCGGACGACGUUACAGUGGUGGUGCGCGAUAGGGAUGUGAGCAGGGCGAAGGAGAAGAUGGCAUGCGCGAUCAAGAGGGUUAGCAGAUGGAUGGCGGCGAGAGGUUUAGAGUUAGUGGCGCAGAAGACCAAGCUGGCCAUGCUAACAGGCAAGAGGAGGCUGGCAGCGUUCAACCUGGGGGUGCUCGGGCAGACGAUCGAGACAGACAGCAAGGUGAAGGUGUUGGGCGUCUGGUUGGACAAGAACCUUUCUUUUAUACCGCACGCACGGGAGAUCAGCGAUAAGGCCAUGGCAGUAUACGGGGCUCUGUGUAAGGUGUUUCCAAACACCGGAGGCGCGCGGGAGAGCAGGAGGCGAGUCAUGGCGGCGGCAGUUAUGUCAGGCAUUCUGUAUGCGGCGGAAGUGUGGUGGCCGGCAACUAAGUGGGGCACGGCCAUGGCGAGCGUGAACCGGGUGAUACGGCUGCUAGCUCUUAGAAUAUGCUGCGGCUAUAGGACGGUGCAGCUCGAAGACGCGCUGGUUCUGGGGGGCUAUGGCCCGCGGAGAUAGCGGUGAUGGCGCGAGCCCAAGGGUGGACGAGAGAGGGAGAAUGUACGUGGAAUGGCAGACAAGAUGGGAGAGACGAAACUCCUGGACGAGGACCAUUAUUCCGGAGAUGAGGGAGUGGUGCGAGAGGGGCCACGGCGAACUGGACUACUUUAUUACCCAGUUCUUGUCCGGGCACGGGGAAAAUAAAGUUUACCUGAAGAAAAUAAAGAAAAGAGAGGACGACAGGUGUGAGGACUGCGGGGAAAUAGACGUGCCGGGUCACGCGGUUUUGAGGUGCGUGCGUUGGGAGAGAGAGAGUGGCGGCAGAGACAGCGAUCGGGGGGCGAUUGGAAAAGGCAAAUGUGGUGAGGAUCAUGCUGAGAGGGCGCGAGAAGUAGGAGGCCGUGGCGAGGCUGGUACAGAACAGCGGUAGGGCGAGGGAGAGAGAAGCCCGAGAUCGGGAGCAAGGGCGGCGGUAACACCGUAGGCGUCUACUAUUAGGCGCCGGCCGGCCAUGGCAGUGAAGAAUGCCGAAAGGUGAUGCCCGGCCAUGGCAUACCAGGCAGAGGAAAGGGUUUUAGGGGGUAACCCGUAAGGGAGUCCCCCACGCCCCCCGCUAAGACCGCAAGCGGGGGUAGUCCAUUAAGGAUUUCCUAAACCUCUAUAAAAAAAAGGUCUGGUUAAGCCAUUUCGUAUUGCGUGCGUUGUCCUGGUACGCAUUUGUGGCAGGUAUAGCCCCCUGCUGCACGGUAAGUUUCAUUUGUUCGAAGUCAUAGGGGUUAAGGUGGAACUAUUUUCCUACAGUUAUACCUUGCGUGGUUCUUUGUUUUAAGAGGGAAGGGGAGGUGUUGUCUACUUGAUUCACUUAUUAGCGUUGUUGCACUUGGAUCACUUAUCUAUAAGCUGUGAUAUUUUGUGA